CGGAUUUCGGGUAAUCCUACGCCUCAACGCGAACAUGAAACCCUUAUAACCAAACACCCAUCUCACUUUCUCUACAAUCUAGGGUUUCCACGUCUCCGCCUCCACUCAGAUAUAAACGGAACAAAACCCUAGCUUUCCUCUCCAACGCCUCACCCACAAACACUAGGGAACACACAGUGAGAGGAAGAGAGAGAAAGAGAGCUAAGAAAUGGUGACUUACAAGUUUCAUCAGUACCAGGUGGUGGGGAGAGCUCUGCCAUCGGAGACCGAUAAGCAUCCCAAGAUCUACCGCAUGAAGCUAUGGGCCACCAACGAAGUCCGUGCCAAGUCCAAGUUCUGGUAUUUUCUGAGGAAGCUCAAGAAGGUGAAGAAGAGCAAUGGUCAAAUGCUUGCUAUCAAUGAGAUUUUUGAAAAGAACCCGACGACCAUCAAGAACUUUGGUAUUUGGUUACGGUACCAAAGUAGAACUGGUUAUCACAACAUGUACAAAGAGUACCGUGACACCACUUUGAAUGGUGCUGUUGAGCAGAUGUACACUGAGAUGGCUUCUCGCCAUAGGGUCCGGUAUCAUUGCAUCCAAAUCAUCAAGACAGCCACCAUCCCUGCUAAGCUUUGCAAGAGGGAGAGCACUAAGCAGUUCCACAACUCUAAAAUCAAGUUCCCCUUGGUGUUUAAGGUGAUUAGACCACCAUCUAGGAAGCUUAAGACCACAUACAAGGCAUCUAGGCCCAACUUGUUCAAGUAACUUAUUUGGUCGAUUAUUGGAGGAGUAAGAAAGACCGGAUUUAAAUUCUGCAAUUUUGUUACUUCACUGGGAAUCUGCAGUGUUAUUUUGUGAUUGUGGGAUAUUUUGUUUGGUUUGAAAUUUCUAGGAUAUCAGACAGUAUGAUCUCUUUAUUGGGUCUUCAGAAUUUCUGUUUCUCUACAUUUGCAAUGAUGCAGUACUUGGUCUUACUCUCCUUUGUGUCAUAUUCAUUUUGCUUGAAAUGGGUGUGUCUUCGAUUUGAUAGUACUUCCGGUGGUGGGAAUCCUUUUGCCUUUGUGAUGAAGUGACCGGAGUAGGUUAAUUAGAUGAUCGGGUGAUGGUUAAUCUAAAUUUUAAGUUUUGGAGGUGGUGCUCUAUGUGGUUAAAACAUUUAGCAUUCAAUAUCAUCUUGAUUAUUGGUGACUUGUAGCGGUUAGAGUGGCUUCAUACUUAGAGCUGUUGGGCUCUACCCUCAUUGAGAAUAGAAUGUUGUUUUAUUUGAAGACCUAAUUUAGCAUUUAAUUUUUCUCCU